AUGUUAACGAGCGUUUUACGGCGUCCACAAGGCCUAUCUAAGUUUUACUCAUCACAAACUAGGCCGUUUGUUCCUCCCGCGUCUCUAAACAGUUUUGAUUUUCGCCAACGUCAACGCGAAAAGCCACGUCCUACGACUCCAACGUUUUAUACCGCUCGUCCCGAGUUCUACGACCAGCUCUCGUCAUUGGAGUCGGCCCUCCAGUAUGCUAAAACAGCGCUCACAACAUGUCAUCUCCUUCCCCUUCCCCAAUUUGCUCGAGAGGCCCUCCCACCGCGUGUCAACGCUUGGGUUGACAAACGCGAGCUCGGCCUGAAGCUAAGGAGUACCCUCACGACGAGCCGCUACAGACGGGUAGUUCUCGUGCUCAACGAGCUUGAGACCUACAGGUCCAUUGCGGAGAAGGCUGGGAUUAUGGAGUUGCAGGAAGGUAUCAGAGGUAUCACAGAGCUAUUUGAGCGUGCAGACGCCGCGACAAUGCUUGCGAGGGGGAAGGCCAAACCCGUCAAGCUCGACGAGUAUGGGCGAAGUUACACGCUUGGGAAGCGGAAGACGAGCUCUGCACGAGUGUGGAUUGUGCCCGUGCAACAACCUCCCGUAGACAAAUCCACCGCCUCCCAGUCCAUACCAGCAGUAACAGAAGCAGACUCUGCGCUUACGGCCCUUCUUAACCCUAAUUCCUCGUCGAAGAGCAACGAGGCUGUAUCCGUCGCUCAGAUCCUCGUGAACAACACUCCCCUCUCGACUUAUUUCCCUAUUCCCGCUGAUCGUGCUCGCGUAAUUCAUCCAAUCAAACUCGCCGGUUUAUUGGGCGCAUAUAAUAUCUUCGCCAUCGUACGUGGAGGAGGUACGUCCGGACAGAGCGGUGCGCUCGCGCAUGGUAUCGCCAAGGGCUUAGUUGCUCAUGAACCCUCUGCCACAACGAUUUUGAGGAAAGCGAAACUUUUGCGUCGCGAUCCACGCAUGGUCGAGCGCAAAAAACCUGGUCUUGCGAAGGCACGCAAGCGGUAUGCCUGGGUCAAGCGGUAG